AUGGAGGAGAUGACCCCAAAGCAAGCGAGGAGGAGGAGGAGGAGGAGGAGCCAUAAUAAUACAGCAAGAAAUUCUGAUUCUGAUGCAGCAGGUAUGAUUAUGAAUCUCCCUCGGGACAUUAUUUAUGAGAUUUUGAGUAGACUUCCCAUUGAAUCUGUUCUCCGAUGCAUGAGUGUAUGCAAAUUCUGGCCUACCUGUCGAUAUGAUUCUUAUUUCAUUGACCUCCACUUCACUAAAUCCAUGAUGCAUCAUCGACCACCCACUCUUGUUCUUACAAAGUCAUCACUAUUUCCACCAAUGGACUAUAAGAUGAGCAGCCAACUCAUGUUGAGUGCUGAGGAAGGGGAAGGUGGUGACUGGAGGAAAGCCACACACAUCCCAAUUGGGGAUUUUGAACUGCUGAAAAGGGAAUAUAUUGAUAUCGUGGGUUCUUGCAACGGUUUUCUCUGUAUUGCGCCACGGAAGGGUUUGGUUCACAUCUGCCUCUAUAAUCCCAUUACAAGAGAGACUAUGAAGUUGCCCAAAUCACAUCUUUUUAUACCCCCAAAAAACUCAAGCACAGAAAUCCAAAAUAGUUUUGGUUUUGGUAUCGGCAGCUUAAGCAAGAAAUAUAAAGUGAUCGUAGUUUAUGACUUAUUCCGUUACGAUUGCAGCAAGAUUAUAAGUUAUAGUGAGAUAAUUACAGUGGGUGAAAGUUCAUGGAGAAAGUUAGACUUCCCAACAUUAUCAUAUCAUCAACUAUUAGCAGAUCCGGUGCUUUUGGAUGGAACCCUUUAUCGGCUCAUAGCCAGUGAUGAUGACCACUUUAAUCAGUAUGUUCUUGCGUUAGACAUUGACAGUGAGAAGUUUUGGACUAUCGAUUGCUGUCCUCUUCCUAUUAGAAGAGAGUCUAUAAGAAGAAGAUAUUUAGUUCCAAUGGAUGGAUCUCUUGCCUUAAUUGAUAAUUAUGCCUGCACAAAUCCAUGGCGUAUGGAUAUAUGGUUACUUGAGGGUAGUAAGACCAUGGGGUUCUCAUUUACUUUAACUACUUACGAUAUGUCAGAAUUAGUCCGUUGGGGAGAUUUUUUCACAGUUAUGGGUAAACACGGCUACGAUACAUUCCUGCUAAAUGUAUCUAGGGUCGAGGAUGGGAGUCCUACAAUGAAGUCCUCCGUUAUUCUCUACCCUCCAAGGAAGAAGCAGCAGUAUUUCUGUGUUCAAGGAGGACUAUAUGAAUCUGAUUUGUUUCUGAAAAGUUGGAUGGUGCCGUCCCUCAAAUCACUAAGUCUCUGA